ACUUGCCUUCUGACCCGGAGGUAACUCUGGUCUUUCAUACGGACGCACGUGUCAUUUCUGUUUGGGUUUUACGUUUACCGGAGUGCUGAAAUGGCCAGAUCAAGAAAAGUGGGCAGUCACAAGAGUGGUGGCAAAAAAAAGAAUAUCUCAAAACUGUGGAAAACCAAACGGAGAACAAAGGAUUUGGAUCAGAUUCACGAUGACAUGAAGCCUGGGGUUGCGGAGAAGCUUCUCCACCAAGAAGUUGAUUAUGACAUUGCAGGAAAUGCACAGCAUUACUGCCUUCACUGCGCGAGAUAUUUUAUUGAUCUGAAAAGCUUGAAGGAUCACUUCAAAACAAAAGUGCACAAAAGAAGGUUGAAACAGUUGAGUGAAACACCCUAUACGCAAGCAGAGGCAGAGAGAGCAGCAGGAAUGGGGUCUUACAUCCCCCCCAAGAAACUGGAAGUGAAAACACAACCUUUGGAUGAGGAAAUGAAAUAAAAUUCUUUUACUGUCUUCUGA